UCUUCAUCUCUCAAGCUUCUCUCAAUUCUCGAAUCCAAUCAAUCUAUGGCUUUUAUAAGAAGAACUAGAAAAUCAAACAAACCCAAGUCUCAAAUUUUAGAGGUUUCGAUCCCAAACCACUUCAGAUGCCCGAUAUCUUUGGACCUAAUGAAGGAUCCUGUCACCGUGUCGACGGGCAUCACCUACGAUCGCCAGAGUAUCGAGACGUGGUUCGACACGGGCAACUGCACGUGCCCGGUGACAAAUCAAGAACUGGCCGCCGCCGAUGCGAUCCCAAACCACGCCCUGAGGAGAUUGAUACAGGAUUGGUGCGUCAAGAACAGAUCCAAUGGCGUAGAGAGGAUCCCGACGCCUAAGAUUCCUAUCAGUCCGUUGCAGGCGACGGAGAUCUUAUCGGAGGUUUCUUCAUCGAGAAAUCACGUUAAGGUUCGUGAAAUGGUCGCGAAGAUUGGGCGUUUGGCGAAGGAGAGCGAGAGGAAUCGGAGAUGUUUUGUAUCGGCGGGCGCUGCUCGUGUUCUAGCUGCUGAAUUUGCACGCUGUAGCUCUUUUAACGGAGUUCAAGAGGAGAUUUUGUCGAUAAUAUCGUGCUUUUCGCCGCUAGAUCAAGAGGCUUGCCGAUAUUUUGGCUCACGGGGGAGCCUAAAAGCCAUUGCUUUCAUAUUAAAGAACGGAUAUCCAGCUGUAAGACUCAAUGCAGUUUCUCUACUUAGAGAAAUUCUCUCGACCAGCAAAGACAUCGUCAGGGUCGCGAAUGAAUCGGAUGAGCUAAUCGGAUCCCUGAUCGAGCUCAUUCGCAAACCAAUUUCGCCAAGAGCUACUAAGACAUCUUUGGCAGCAUCGUUCAUCUUGAUAUCUUCAAAUGAGAAAACCGCGAUAAAGUUCGCAGAGUCGGGGUUCGUUCAUCAGGUUCUCGAGAUCCUCGUAGACUCAGACAAGGGGAUGUGCGAAAAGGCAUUGGCGGUGAUCGAUGCAAUCUGUGGCACCGAGAUAGGGCGGGAGGAGGCGUACGGGCACGCGCUGACCGUGCCCGUGCUCGUGAAGAAGAUGUUUCGAGUAUCGGAUUUGGCAACCGAGUUUGUAGUAUCGGCAUUAUGGAAGCUAUGUAAGGAUAUCAGAGGAGAAGAGAGGGGGGUUUUGGCUGAGGCAAUACAAGUAGGGGCAUUUCAGAAAGUGCUGCUUUUGUUGCAAGUUGGAUGCAGUGGGGGAGUUAAGGUGAAGGCAACUGAGCUGUUGAAGCUUAUGAAUGGAUCAAAGGAGAAGUUUGAUUGUGUUGAUGCUGUGGAUUUUAGAGGGUUGAAGAGGUCAUUAUGAUUUGAUACAUGAAGUGGAAAACUUUUUUGCUUUCGUUUUUGUUAGUUUUGUACAAAAAAAAUUACAUUUUUUAGUAACACACAAGGAUUUAUGAAGAAUUUGAUACAUGUUGUUAAAGGAAGAUGAAAUCUUGUGGCUUGUUCUCUCAUCUCUUAAUUUCACUUCCAUGAAUCUUGUUUAUUACCAU